GCUUGCCAUCUUUGAAGAGGACCUACGUCGCACCAUUGCAACUAUGCUCUGUGAACAUCGCAAAGCACAGCUACUCCUGCAAAGAUGUUCGUUUAGGAAUUGUGGAGAAAGCCAAGCCGAGACGGCUACCUUUCAUGCAUGUGGAUCGAGCGGACGACGGCGGACAGAUCGCUCAAAAGCUGCCAUCUUUGAGAAAGAUUAUGAAUUCGAUUGCCAGAAUGAAGUUGCCGGAGCCUGGCACUAGUCUCGACCGCAGCCUGCAGAGUGGCAGCCUGCGGUCGAAUCCUCUUUUUGGAGGAUCUCCUCCUUUUCGAGGAGGGCCCCGACUGCCGAUCAAGCAUAAGCGCUUUAGCCCAGGGAGCCUCACGAAAGUGAAGCUGCCGCGCUCGCGGCCCUCCUCCGGAAGAAAAGACAAGAAGGGUGGGAAGCGUGCUGCCUGGGGCACGGAGACAGAGUUCGUGGAGUACAAUGAAGAGGACUCGAAUGACUCCCAAGAGGAAGCCUCAGAGCAAAGCUCGGAUAGUGAUUCCUCGGACUCCAGUUCAUCCAGCGGAUCAAGUAGCUUCAGUGGUUCCAGCGAUGAGCAUGUGGAGCCACCUCCAGAAGCCUUGCGGGGUCGCUCCACGGGGAUGACACGACGAAUGUCUGCCUUCGCCAUGAUGCUACCACUGCUAGAUAGCAACAAUCAGCCAGUGCGGCGAGCAUCAGUUGCAGAGGUCUUCUUGAAAGCGAUCGAGGCAAACAAAGAAAGCCAAAUUGAGGACAACAAGCCAGGAGAUGAAUUGGACUUUCCCUGGAGCGAUGAGGAGUGCCGAAGUGUUUUCAUCAAGUUUGACACAGACACGGAUGGAGAAGUCGCCACUGAAGAACUCGAGCUCAUGCUGCGGUACAUGGGAUGCAUUCUGCGGAAGGGCGAGGUGGACAAACUCGUUGCCGAGAUGUUCAGCUUCGCCACCGUGAGUUGGGAGGAGUGGAUGACAUUCUUGGAGAAAUAUCGAGAAGCUGAUGAGCAGUAUUUGCGCGCCGAGUUUGAUGCUGCAGACAACGACAAGAAUGGGGUUCUGGAUGUGGACGAACUGAAUGAACUCUUGGGAAAGAUGGGCUAUGUAAUCGAUUCCCACACGGUGAUGGAAGCUAUGGAUACGAUUGGCUGUGGUUCCAAGGGUACGGUUGACUUACGACGCUUCGAGAAGCUUCGAGAGCAUUUGCGCUGCACGGAAGGCCUUGCGAGGGCGGAUGUGAGGCAGCUGCGGAGCUUGUAUGACCGCAUCGCACACACCGCCAAGGUACAACACCGCUCCCGCAAGAUGGAUAUUGGUGUCGGGAGUCAGCAAGACAUCGCCAAAAAGCUCAUCGCAGAGCAGCAAGAAAUGCCAGUGGAGGACGUUUGGCGGGUUGUCCAGUACCUGGGCUACAAGAUCAGCUAUGAGCGAGUUCAAAUCAUUGCUCGAGAGGUCGACAAUGACGCCAGCGGCUACAUCAGCUUUCAGGAGCUCUUGAAGCUUGUGCGCCGCGUCCGGGACGCGGAGCGAGAAGCCAUCUCCACGGUCUUCGAGAUCCUCGCUGAAGAGGGUAUCAGGUUGCAGCUGCGAGACCUAGGACAUGCACUAGCAGAGUUGAGGUACUAUGUGACAGAAGACCUGAUCAAGCACAUCCUGGAUCACCUUCGGCUAAAGAGUAACCAAUACGUGACUCAGGAUGAGACGGUUGCAUUUCUGAAUGCACUUCGGGAGAAGGACGGCUUCACCCCACAGGAGAGAAGAGAAAUGGAAGGGGCCUUCGAGCACCAGUGCCAGGUCACGGCUCAACGGCGGUUCCUGCAACAGCUGGAGGAGCAUCCACAUCCUCCCAAGACGGGAUCACCAAAGACGGCUCCAGCAUCACCCACCACUGGCCUGCAGAUCCCAGUCCCUGCGAGCCCCAAAACCACGCACGCCUCACCUAGACCUCCUGGUGUCAACCUGGAUGCAGUACGGGCAGAUCAUGCAGUCGAUGCCUUGCGAGCGAGUCGGGUGAUGCGUUGGUUUGGUUUUACCAAGCCUCUCCAGCAAGUGCAGACCAUGUUAGACGAGAUUGAUCUGGAUGCUAGGGGCAAGUUGGAGAUCACAGAGUUUCUGAAGCUCAUGCAGCGACAAUUCUCAGAAUUGAGAGGAGAACAGUGGAAUCUCUUCACAAUGCUGGACAACAAGGGCAACGACCAUGUGAUGGUUUCAAAGAUCCCCUUCGCAGUUCAGAAGCUGUCGCAAUACGGGGCAUCGAUUGCAAAAGCAGAGAAGGCCGCCAAUGAGAACCAUUUCACCUUGAUGGAUACGAAGGAAUCGGUGUCCAGAUCCACCUUCCAAGCAUUCUUCAAGAGUUUCCGCCGCUUGGAGAUUGACGAGAUGCGACAGCACGCUUGCUACAAUGCUUCCGAGGUGUUGGCACUCAGGGAAUGCUUCAACAAAUUUGAUAAGGACAGGAGUGGUACAGUAGAAAAGCGCGAGCUUGCCAAGAUCAUUGCAGAGUACUUUCCAGAGGCAACCAAGUCCAAAGAAGGCCGAGCUGAGAUGCAGCUGAUCUUGAAGGACGUGGACCAAGACGGCAACGGGGCCUUGGACUUUCUCGAGUUUUUGGUGUUGAUGCGCCGCUGCGAUGACAUCAGAGAUGAGAGCGACAUCCAGCUAGAAGAGACGGUGGCCGUGGCCCUGGGCAUCGAAGCAGACGAGUUGGAAGGCUACAGAUCGAUUUUUGCGGCAAAGGCAAAUUGGGUAGGAGAGCUAACACCUGCAGAUGUCCAGAGCAUUAUGAGUUACAUUACAGAGUUCAGCGAUGAAGAUGUCAGUGCUUUGAAUGCGAUUGUCCGCGAGGUUCACCCUGACCACAAGCUGCUCAUGCGAUUUCCUCAGUUUCUUCAAGUGAUGAAGCGCUUGGUCGACGACAAUGUGGGAAACAUCAACCAGCACUGCGAGCGCACCCUCAAGAGGGCCUCGCAGCGCGGGUCGCUCUUGCUUUGA